ACCCAAGAUAACCACUGACUGCCGACGCACAUCUACAUGUCAUGGACUUCGUACUUUCUGCACACCCACACAACUAGCGGGGAUCACACAGGUUGUCAUUGUGUCCAGGUGAAACUUCGAGAUAUUCACUCAGUUCUCGGGCUAUGUUCACCAGACUCUUGUCACCAGCAAGAUGGCGACCUCUCAGAAGCUGACUGAACAUUUCCUGACCUGUACAAUAUGCACAGAGGUGUUUGAUAAUCCCUGUACACUUGUGUGUAAUCACACCUUCUGUAGAAAAUGUAUCGUCAUCUAUACCAAAACCAGACCAGAAGCCAUCAGUGCUAAGUCCCUCCUCUGUCCCUUAUGCAACAAGAUGACGAAAGUGUCUGCCCCUGAGAGACCAGUGGAGGAGUGGGCGGAUGACGUCAAGCCUAUCUUUGUCAUCCAAGGACUCUUGGACUCGUUUGGUCCUGGCUCCAAAGACACUACCAACUGCAGUUAUUGUAGAGAGGAAGGGGAGACAACUCCUGCUGUUGUUUGGUGCUCUGUCUGCGAUGAUGCACUAUGCGAGCGGUGUGCCCGUAUACACAGACGUAAUCCAUCCUCCCGACACCAUGACGUCGAUGACCUGUCAGGGGAGGUCAAGGUCAAGAGGAAGCGAAAGGUCAUGUGCAGGGAACACAAGGAAGAAUGCAUAGAGCUGCUCUGUGAAGAUUGUAAAUUGGCAACCUGUCACAAAUGUUGCACCCUCUACCACAGAAGAUGUAACUCAGUUGUCACGAUCGAGUCAAAGAUACCUGCAAUGAAAACCAAAUUGACAAAGACCAAAGAGGAUUUCCUAAAGCAGCGAAAUAGGAUUGAAACACUGGUGCAGAAACAAGAGUUGAAAGUGGAUGAGGAAACUGUACGAUAUUCCGAAAUUGUAUCCAGCAUCACGACCACGAGCAAGAAGGCCACAGAAAAGAUCAAGGUGAAGGAAAGAAAACUGCUGAAAGAACUGAAAGAGAUGUCAGACAAGCACAUCAAACAACUGAAAGCAGACAUUAAGUCAGGGGAGAUGUCAGUACAGAUGUACCAACAACAGGCUGAGCUGAUAGACCAGGCUCUACAAUCUGAGUGUGACAUGGAUGUGCAUGAGAUGUAUCAGGGAUCAGAGGCGGGUGAUGUGGAGGCUGUCGGAGACGCAGAUGUGAAGGAGAGAGGAAGAAUAACCAAGGUCACAUUCACACAGGACACAGACAAGCUGAGGAGAACUCUGGACGAUCUACAGCUGGGUGAGAUAGAGGUCCUGUAUGAGGGUGUGCUGGACCUGAAGGCUAUCCCUGUGUUACAGGACACCAUUGACGACACAGUAGAAGGCGACCGUAACGUGCCAUUUCCCAUUGACGUGACAGUGGUUGUAGAGAAUGGCACAGAUACGGUUGUAGUCGAAGAUUGCAGCAACGAGAGUGUGAAGUCCUUCUUCACCAGGAAUAACCAGACACGUCAUAGUAAACUCAGUCUGGGUGAUCAACCAUGGAGUCUGACAAAGUUGACACACAACCAGGUGGCCGUCACUGUCCUGAGCAUCAAACAGAUCGUAACAGUAGAAGUCAACCCUGACCUGGUGCUGCUGUCAACCAUCACAACCAGCAAACAGUACUUUGGCAUAACGUCCCUGACGCCAUCAACACUAGCAGCUAGUUCCCGGUCUCCCCCCUGUGUUGAUAUCCUAGAUAUGACUGGAAACGUGCUGAGGUCAAUCAGUCCACGCCACUAUGGUAGCAAGAUCUUUCAAUAUCCAAACUUCCUCUGUACUACGAGGACAGGAAACAUCCUGGUGUCUGACUGUGGAACCGAGUGUGUCGUGUGUUUGACCCCCGAGGGAGAUGUGGUGUUCACCUACAGCCCGACAGGAGACACAACACUGAAGGGUCCCCUGGGUAUCACAAGUACCAGCACAGGUGACAUCCUGGUGACAGACUACUCUCUAAACAGAGUCAUCCAUCUGACGGAGUCAGGACAGUUUGUCAGAAACAUUCUUAGGUCAUAUCAUAUUACCAUGCCAGGUGGAAUCUGUGUAAACGGACGUGACCGUGUGUUUAUUGCUUCUGACCAAGGUGUUUACGUGUUUAGUUUUGAUGACUCAGUGUGGACCAGAUUAGCUUCCUCAUGUACCAUACUGUGAACACUGAUACUUGUAUCACAUGGACUGAGCACAUCAUGACGCCUGGAGUUUCCAAUACGAUUUUCGAUAGGACGGCCAUUGUAAGAGCAAGAUACGGAUAUUUAAGGAGUGAAAUGUCUUGCAUACGCAAAGGGACGUUACUCUGGUUUGUGAACCAGUUGAACAAUGUGCUUUGAGGCAACAUGCCUGAUGAGUGAGACAAAGUGUGAGAAAACACGGUGUGAAAUGGGCCUAACGAAAUGGUAUGUUGUUUUAACUAUAGCUGUGGCUAAUAUUUUGUCAGGAAUAUUUAUGAAUAUUUAUGAUAAAUAAGCAUAAAUAUUUUCAUUUAUUCCAUAGUAUAGUGUACACAUUUUUCGUGUGUUGUGUUCAUUUGAAUAUUGUUUCAGUAAACAUGGUAAACUAUGUAUGCAGCAUAUUAUGUAAUUUUAGUUUGAAUUAUUUAUUGAAUAUUUUAGGGGCUCAGUGAAACAAAAUGUUUUCUACAUGUGACAGUCAAUCGGAGAGAAUUUGAAAUUGAGAAAUAAACUAAGAAUAAAGGGACGGAUAAGUGAAAGGGCAUUUUCUUCAUAAUAGCCAUUACGAACCCACUUGGAGAGUAACCUCAGUACGGAGUGUGAUGAAGGCCAACAUUUCUUAUAUAUAACGUCAAAAUGUGUUUUUAUAAUAACUAGUACUCAUGAACAUGUUAUGGGAAAGAAAUAAUUAAAUAAAAGACCUUUCUGACA